AGCUGAAAACAUAACACUAGUAGCUGCACAUGUGUUUCAUCAUGGCGGCCCCCGCUAAAAAGAUGGUUGGGGUUUCGGACGACUCCAGCAGCAGUGACGACGAAGUACUUAAAAGAUGUCAGGAGGCGGUUUGGGAAACGAAGGCUGUCAAAAGCAAAGAUGGGGAUGCCAGUGUGAAAGAGUCAAAGCGUCUCGUUGUCGCUGACCAUGAACAUGAUGGCAACGAGCUCCAGGUCACGCCAGGAUUCCAGACGCAUGUUGCCAGAAAGUUAGGACACUUUCUUGACAGUUGUAUUUCAGAGAUAAAGCCUCAAACUUCAUCCUGUUUAGAAUCAGCUAAAUGUAACAAAGAUGAUGAUGAGGAGGAGGAUGAAGGAUUUCGUCUGUUUUCUACAUCUGUCCCAGGAAAGAAAGCUGAAGAUCCUCCCGCCCCCAUAAGGCGACGGCCUGCUCCAAGCUCAAGCGACAGCGAUGAUGAGAUGGAAAUGAGGCUGAAAGAGGCAGCGGUGUCUGUCAAAGAUCUGUUACCCUCGUUAGCACUCUCACCCCCUUUGAUGGAGCCUCCUUGCUUGGAAAAAAUGACAAAGACAAAGAAGAAAGAUACAGAGGGAGAAGAGAGCCACGUUGUGAAGAAGAAGAAAAAGAAGAAGAAGAAUCAGGAGGACGGGGAACAGGUGGACUCAGGUUCUACUCCUGAUGCUCAGAGCAAUGGUGAGCUCACAAACUCAGAGCAGGAACACAUGCAAGUCAAAGUAAAACGGAAAAAGAAGAAGAAGAGGCGAGAAGAAAACGCAGAGGAAGAAGCAUUGCACUGAUUUUUUUUUUUUUUUUUUUUUAAAUGACUUUCUGCCACGGAGGAUUCAAAGAUUUAAAAUAUUUUUAUUCCAAAGCUGGAAUUAGUCUUUACUUUGUCAUUAAUGCUGUAAAAAAAAAAAGUGAAAAUAUUUCAAAGUGAGUUAAAAAAAAAUGCAGAUGACAUACUGUUGACAAGUUUCAGAUCAGUUUACAUUUUGUUUAAAUUCUAAAACAUUUACAAACAUUUGAAUAAAAAAUACAUGUUGGUGUUAA